UCGUGCAAGCACUGCGGAUAUUUAUAAAUAGUCAUUCCUAGUUUAUUUUAAAUCUACUAGAGGAGUUUUUCCAGUAAAAAUUUUAAAUUUACACUGAAUCUUACGUUUUUUUCGCAUUUUACUAUCGAAGUUUUGAUAAACUUUAAUUUAGCUAACUUAAGCUAAGUUCUUUCAAAUAAAAUCAACGUUUUUUUUUCAAAUAUUACGCUUAAUUGAUAUUAUCAGUUCAAAAUGUCAAGAGCCGAAGCAGCAGGAGACAUGGCUGGAAUAAGAUGCAAGCUGUCCGGCAAAUAUGAUGCUGGAGCAGAGGCAGAUGUCAUAUCCUGGUUCAAGAUGUUGUUGGGUCUGGAGUUGGAGCCUGGCAUGAAGGAGAUGGAGAAACAAUUGAAAGAUGGACAGCAUCUCGUCAAACUGGCAAAAGAGGUUUUACGUAGAACAGCGAACGCACCAGAAAGAGCAAAGAAGAUGGUUCUCAAAGCGAACACUCUGACCGCCCCAUUCAAACAGAUGGAAAACAUUCAAACCUUCAUAAACUUCUGCUCCAACUACGGCGUUCCGAAAACUGGUUUGUUUCAAACGGUGGACUUGUACGAAGGUAGGAACAUGCCUCAAGUUCUCAACUGCCUGCAACAACUCGGUAGCGAGGCACAACGUCACAACAUGGACGGACCAACGAUAGGACCGAAACCGACAGAGAAGAACAUCAGAGAAUUCACCGAGGAACAGUUGAAGGCAGGCCAAAGCAUCAUUGGUUUGCAGGCGGGAACCAACAAACUUGCCAGCCAAUCAGGAAUGACGAUGGGUGGAGUCAGGCACGUGUCGGACAUCAAGGUCGACGACAUGACGCGUGAAGGUCACGGUGUGAUAGGACUGCAAGCUGGAACGAACAAGCUGGCAAGCCAGGCAGGAAUGAGUUUUGGAGCAGUGAGACAUGUUGCCGAUAUAAGAGCUGACGACAUGUCGAAAGAGGGUCAGGGCGUUAUUGGACUUCAAGCUGGCUCUAACAAGGGAGCCAGCCAAACUGGAAUGAGCAUGGGCAGUGUUAGACACGUGGCAGAUAUCAGGGCUGACGAUCUACAAAAAGACGGUCAAGCGUUUAUUGGUUUACAAGCGGGAACAAAUAAGUUAGCAAGCCAGGCAGGGAUGACAUUCGGUGGAGUGAGACAUGCGGCCGACAUAAGGGCAGACGAUAUGUCUAAAGAUAGUCAUGCAGUCAUCGGUCUUCAAGCCGGAUCAAACAAGGGAGCUACACAAGCUGGUAUGAAAAUCGGCUCCGUUAGACAUGUAGCAGAUAUCAGGGCUGAUGAUAUGAAUAAAGAAGGUCAAGGGGUCAUUGGAUUGCAGGCGGGUACUAACAAAUUGGCCAGUCAAUCAGGAAUGACUUUUGGAGGUGUCAGACAUGCUGCGGACAUCAGAGCUGACGACAUCGACAGAGCCGGACAGGGAGUUAUCAACCUGCAGUAUGGCACAACGGAUGGAGCCAACCAAUCUGGAAUGUCGUUUGGUAGCAGAAGAAUCAUCUCAUAAUUUCAUUUCAUCUCUUUUCAAUGUAUUGUAUUCCCAGUUCGUUCUUAUUACAUUUUAUUCGUACAGAUCUCAUUCAAUUCAUAACUGUUAUUUAUUUUCGUAAUAUAUUGCUUUUCCGGAAAAUUUCAACAAAGUUUCAAUUAUAUCCUGAUCUAUAACUGGCAAUUUAAAUGACGUUACUUAAUUGUUGGCUCGCAUAUGGCGCAGAUAGCAAUAUAACAACAAAAAUAUUAUAGAGCCCGCGCAUAUAGAAUGCAAAUAACUUAUUAAAAAUAUAAAAAAAAACAUUAAAAAAAUU